AAACGCUUCACACUUCUAAAGCUAUCAUCAACUUGAAAGAAAAAUAAAAAAAAGAUUACUAAUUUGGGGAGGAGACAGUGAGUGAGACACACAUGGUGUGAAAAGAAAUUCAUUAGCAUUGUUACAAAGAAUGAGAGAGAGGGCUUGACUUGACUGGUGUACUAUAUUUUUUGUGUUGUGUGUGUGAACUGUGAAGUGGAAGGGGGACAACACCGUAUCUGGAAAAAUCGUGAAAAUUCUAUUUAGUUUUCUGAUGUGCUUAAAUUAAGCAAAGAAAAAAAGCAAAGCAACCACACGUAUAGUAAUAAAGGGUAUAAAGAAACAAACAAGUACAUAGUGAGAGAGAGAGAGAGAGAGAGAGAGAGAGGGCACACACACAGAUCAAGUCCAAACAAACCAAACUGGUUCCAAUUGUUCAUUGUACAGCCACCUUCUUCUCUUUCCUGUACAGACAGAUAAUGAAUGAAUCGGACAGAGAGAAAAGAAAUUGUUGGUGAUGGGUCUUGGUUUGAAGAUGAAGAGCCUGAGGCACCAUCCCAUGGCCUUGAAGAUACAUGAGCAAGCGGGGAGCAAAAGAAAGUACACUUUCAUUCAGGCACAUAGGGCCUGGCUUCCCAAGUUUUUGAUGCUGUGGAUCCUUCUCAUGGCUCUAAUUGGCUGUUUCAUCUUUAGUAAAAUGGAUGCUGACACUAAAGUCAGAAGGAAAGAGGUGCUGGGUAGCCUCUGCGAUCAAAGGGCUAGAAUGCUGCAAGAUCAAUUUAGUGUUAGUGUCAACCAUGUCCAUGCCCUUGCCAUCCUUGUUUCAACCUUCCAUUACUACAGAACCCCUUCUGCCAUUGACCAGGAAACCUUUGCAGAGUAUACAGCCAGGACAGCAUUUGAACGGCCAUUACUCAGUGGGGUAGCCUAUGCACAAAGAGUAGUUAACUCAGAGAGGGAAACAUUUGAGAAGCAACAUGGUUGGGUUAUAAAGACAAUGGAAAGAGAGCCUUCACUGGUUAGAGAUGAGUAUGCACCGGUGAUAUUUGUGCAAGAAACUCUCUCUUACCUCGAAUCUAUUGAUAUGAUGUCCGGGGAGGAGGACCGAGAAAAUAUUUUGAGGGCUAGGGCCACUGGGAAAGCUGUUCUCACUAGUCCUUUUAGGCUGUUGGGGUCUCAUCAUCUUGGUGUGGUUUUAACAUUUCCUGUUUAUAAAUCUAAGCUCCCUCCAAAGCCAACAAUGGAAGAGCGAAUUAAAGCAACUGCAGGAUAUGUUGGAGGAUCCUUUGACGUUGAGUCCCUCGUGGAGAAUUUACUUGGUCAACUUGCUGGUCACCAAGCAAUUUUGGUGAACGUAUAUGAUAUCACAAACUCUACUGACCACUUAAUCAUGUAUGGCAACCAAAACGAAGAAGGUGAUAUGUCUCUUGUCCAUGAAAGUAAGCUUGAUUUUGGAGAUUCAUACAGGAAACAUACAAUGAUAUGUAGGUAUCACCAGAAGGCACCAACAAAUUGGAUAGCACUUACCACAGCAUUCUUAUUCUUUGUAAUUCUUUUAUUAGUGGGUUAUAUUUUAUAUGGUGCUGGAAAUCACAUUGUCAAAGUAGAGGAUGAUUUUCAUCAAAUGGAGGAAUUAAAAGUGCGAGCAGAAGCAGCUCAUGUUGCCAAGUCACAGUUUCUAGCUACUGUCUCUCAUGAAAUUAGAACACCCAUGAAUGGCAUUUUAGGAAUGCUUGGUCUGCUUCUAAAGACAGAAUUGAGUUCAACUCAACGUGAUUAUGCCCAGACUGCUCAAGCAUGUGGGAAGGCUUUGAUAGCAUUAAUAAAUGAGGUACUUGACCGGGCUAAAAUUGAAGCUGGCAAGUUAGAGCUGGAAGCUGUUCCAUUUGACAUUCGUUCCAUACUUGAUGAUGUCCUUUCUCUUUUUUCUGAAAAGUCUCGGAACAAAGGUUUAGAGCUGGCGGUGUUUGUUUCUGAUAAAGUUCCAGAUAUUGUUAUGGGAGAUCCUGGGAGAUUCAGACAAAUAGUAACAAAUCUUGUUGGCAACUCUGUUAAAUUCACUGAGCGAGGACAUGUAUUUGUGAAAGUCCAUCUAUCUGAAAAUAGAAUGUCCACGAUGAAUGGAAAAAUUGAGAAAUUUCUAAACGGAGGAUUGGACGAACCUGUGCAUAUGUCUGGUGGUUAUAAUUCCAAAACUUUAAGUGGAUAUGAAGCAGCUGAUGAGCGGAACAGCUGGGACAAUUUUAAGCAUCUAAUUGCCGAUGAAGAAUUUUUCUAUGAUGCUUCUGUUAAAAGGGUGGCAAGCGAAUCUUAUGAGCAAGUCACCUUGAUGGUCAGUGUGGAGGACACUGGAAUUGGAAUUCCUUUCUCAGCCCAAGAUAGGAUUUUCAUGCCUUUCGUGCAGGCAGACAGCUCAACCUCUCGACAUUAUGGUGGUACUGGCAUUGGCUUGAGUAUCAGUAAGUGCCUGGUCGAACUAAUGGGUGGUGAGAUAAGUUUCAUAAGCCAACCGCAGGUUGGGAGCACAUUUUCAUUUACUGCAGAUUUUGGAACAAUUAAGAAAAAUGCAAUAACUGACAUGAAGAAACAUAAUUUGGAAGAUCUGCCUUCCAAUUUUAGAGGGCUUAAAGCCAUAGUGGUUGAUGGAAAACCUGUUAGAGCAGCAGUGACUAGAUACCAUCUGAAGAGACUAGGGAUACAGGCUAAAGUUGCAAAUAGCUUCAAUAAGGCUGUUUCUUUAUGUGGGAAAAAUGGUUGUUUGACCUCGGGAUUAUUUCAGCCCGAUAUUAUUUUUGUCGAGAAAGAUUCAUGGGUUUGUGUAGAGGAUGGGAUCUUCAAUGUGUGGCAACUGGACUGGAAACAGAAUCGGCAUAUAUUUAAGAUACCUCAGAUGAUACUUCUUGCGACCAACAUCGGUAAUGAUGAAUUUGAUAAAGCUAAAGCUGCAGGUUUCAGCGAUACUGUGAUCAUGAAGCCCCUAAGAGCUAGCAUGGUGGCUGCUUGUCUUCAGCAAGUUCUGGGAACGGGGAAGAAGAGGCAACACGGGAAAGACAUGAAUCCUAAUGGUUCCACUUUUGUAAGAAGCCUUCUUUGCGGGAAAAAAAUCUUAGUGGUUGAUGACAAUGUGGUAAACCGGAGGGUAGCUGCAGGUGCAUUAAAAAAUUUUGGAGCUGAUGUGACGUGUGCAGAAAGUGGCAAAACUGCUCUUGAAAUGCUGCAGUUGCCUCACAAUUUUGAUGCUUGCUUCAUGGAUAUUCAAAUGCCAGAAAUGGACGGGUUUGAAGCAACUAGGCAAAUUCGGAUGAUGGAGACAAAGGCAAAUGAGCAGCAGAUGAAUGGUGAAUGUGGUGAAGGAAAUGGAUGGAAAGACAAGAAGUACCAUAUACCUAUAUUGGCCAUGACAGCUGAUGUGAUUCACGCAACAUACGAUGAGUGCGUGAAAUGUGGGAUGGACGGAUAUGUCUCAAAGCCUUUUGAGGAAGAGAAUCUGUAUCAAGCAGUUGCAAAGUUUUUCAACCCCAAGCCUACCUCAAUACAACAAAAUGCCAGAACUGGAAAAGCAACUUAAUGUUAAUUGCAAAGUUUUUCACUCUCUCACUACUGCCAUUUUUCCUAGUUGGCUGCUAAAUGGUAAUUUCAAUGUGCUUUUUUCAAUCAGUUGGUUUUCAAGAUAUCUGAGGAUAUGCAUGCAAUGCAACUUGAUACACACACCACGCAUAUGCAGUGAUCAUUUCUAACCACCAGCUGAACAUCAUGAGUAAAAAAAAUAUGUAUACCACUACCCCAACUUGUGUACAGUACAGAUUC